GCUGCACGGAGCGACGCGGUCAGAGGAACCGAGUAGAUUUCAGCCGUACUUCCAUUUGUGGGAAUGAUGCAGGAUAACAGGAACGGGAUGAUCCCAUUCCCACCACCCAUCAGCAGAGACAGGGUCAUCUGUGAAUUCCCAAAGUGCUACACAGCUAACGCCUCUCUACAGCUGAAGACAGACUGGGACCCUCAGGCUAAAGCAGCCUGUAAAGACGGAGCCGCCAGGCAUCAGCCGUGGGACCGACAGAAAAUGUCAAAAGUGGUGGUUGUUGGAGACCUUAAUGUGGGGAAGACAUGCCUCAUUAAUAGGUUUUGUAAAGACGUGUUUGAAAGGGACUACAAGGCCACCAUCGGUGUGGACUUUGAGAUUGAGAGGUUUGAGAUCUCUAGAGUCCCGUUCUCCCUUCAGAUCUGGGAUACUGCUGGGCAGGAAAAAUUCAAGUGCAUCGCCUCUGCGUAUUACAGAGGAGCUCAGGUUAUUAUCACAGUCUUUGACAUGGCAGACAUUAAGUCGCUGGAUCAUACUCGCCAGUGGCUGGAGGAGGCUAUGAGAGAAAAUGAGCCCGGCUCCUGUUUUGUCUUCUUGGUUGGCACUAAAAGUGACCUGCUGCCCCUCGAUGAAAGAAAGAGGACAGAAAAAGACGCCACCAGGAUAGCAACAGAAAUGAAUGCAGAAUUUUGGGCUGUUUCAGCUAAAACAGGGGAGAACGUGCAGGGCUUUUUCUUCAGGGUGGCAGCUUUGGCGUUUGAGAAGUGCGUGCUAAAGGACAUGGAGAACGGGGUCCCUGUUAGCAUCGGACGCAGCAAUAGCAUCAGAUCAGAUCGUGCCAACCUGGAGGAGGCCACACCCCAAGACUCGAAGAGAAGCUGCUGCUCAUGA